CCGUUCCCCAUUCCUCACCCCGUCGCAGCACUCUAAAUUUCAAAUGGCGACUAGCUAGUCGGAUCCAAGAGUUCGUCAUCGCCUUGGGAGUGGCCGGAUCAAAGUUUUCUUCACUCAGGGUUCCUCACGUACAGAACAUCCAUGGAAGAUACCAAGUCGCCGGAUAGUGAAGGCAAGGCCGAUCGCUUUCGCGUGAUGGAGCUCCGUUCCGGGCGUCGAGUCCGGCGCUCGCCGCCGCCACGUCGAGUCCGCUCCCGGCGUGCUCCAUGCGGAGGAGCUGAUGACCGCCUCAGCGCCCUCCCGGACGACAUGCUCCUCCUGGUCCUCGCGUGCCUGCGCCGCGCCCGCAGCGCCGCGCGCACCAGCAUCCUCUCCCGCUGCUGGCGAGACCUCUGGACCUGCCUCCCCGAUCUCACAUUCCGCGACGUCGCGCCCGCCAAGAUCGAAGCCGUGCUCGCCCGCUUGGCUUCUUCACCUUCGGUGCCCGCCAUGCUCGACAUCGAAAUCCCUCCAACCUACUGUGCCGAUGAUGGUCGCUUGAGCCAACUGCUCGACUCCGUGGUGAGGUUCUCGCAGCGGGAGCUCAUCUUCGGUUACCUAUUUGGCAUGUACUUGGAAGCAGACCUGCCCUGCUUCCCGCGUGCCACGUCAAUCGAGUUCAACUGUAACAACAAUAUCUGCUUCACACAGCUGCCGGCCGACGAGUUCUCGGCGCUGGAGAAGCUGUCCCUUGGGGGCGCCAGCAUCAUUGAUGUUGAUACCCUGGUCACCCGCUGCCCGCGCCUGCGCAUGCUCAGCGUCAGCGUGUCUACAUCUGACAUCAAGGUCCACUCGUUGUCGUUGCAGACGCUUCGUGUCAGUGGCUACCUGGUAUGCAUCAGUAACAUUGACAUGUUGACACCCAUGCUUAAGCAGUUGAAAUUGGACAUCCAAACCGACACGGACCUCAGCGUGUCCAUCUCGGCACCAAUGCUGAAGAAAGUUGAGUGGUUUCGCUCUUUUCGAGAGAUGAAUCUUCUCUUUGGUUUUUGGUAUCUGGAGAGCACGGACAUGAGGACAGCAGACAGCUUUGGACCGGGAGGUGGCGACUACUGGCGAAAUGAAGACUCUUCUGCUCAUCACCUCUGUUUGCUUAUAGUUGCGAGUGAGGUGGACUUGGCACAAGAGGUUGAGUUUGCACAGGAGAUGGAGAAGCUUCUGGUUAUCGACUUCUCUGUGUUGGAUCUAACUCUUCUAACGCGUGGGCAUGUUUUUGGAGCACUUAUGUGGCGUCUCCUUGGAUGGCAUCAGAUUUGCGCUGCUACGAAAAGGCUUCUAGUCCACUUAUCAUCCUGGUACCCGGAGAGAGAAGCAUGCCCAGCAAAUUGUCCUUGCGACGAGCCAAAGAAUUGGAGAUGCCAAAGUAUCUCCUUGAUGUGUCUUGAAGAAGUGCACAUCGACGGCUUCACCGGAGACGAUCAUGAAUGUGAUUUCUUGAAACUGAUAUUCAGAUCCUCGCCAAUGCUUAGCAAAGUGUCUCUGAAACUGGAACUUGAAUUUGGAGGUUGCACCAAGAAAAUCUACAACACUUUCCUAGCGUAUCCUGAUGUGGAGGGCUAUGUUUAUCUCGUCUCUGGUGAACUGGUUCCGCCACCAUCUGAUUAUCUAGCAUGCUUAUGAUGCAACAAGAUUGUUUCGUGUGAGGGGGAUACAAGACUAUAUUUUGUCAUCCUCAUCUCGUAUUUUGUUUUGGAGUGACAGAGAUGCAACUAUGUAAUCUUUAUCCUUACCUGGGCCUUGUCGGAGCCAAAAUUGAUGCAAUGACUUGGAAGAUGUUACCUAUAAAAUCUGAGACAUAUAUAUAG